AUGGAUCUGGUAUUGAACUUGGCUGACGAGUGGGUCCUGGAUGCAGCCUGGGCCAAACUUCUUCCAGCCUCUCGGUUCUCCUCUGCCUGCACAAGCUCCACGUUAGGUUUUGCUAACCAGACCAUCUCGAACGUGGAGAAGUUAGCCCUAUGUGGCGCCCCUGGCAAGGAGGUGUCUUGGCUUCCUCGCGAUAACAUCAUUCGCCAGAUCGUAUCUCUGUAUAUUUUGACCUAUAUCGGUAUUUUGCUUCUCUACUUCUCUUGCGCCUCUUUCUCUUACUACUUUCUUUUCAACAAAGACCUUAAGAAGCACCCUUUGUACCUUAAAAACCAGGUGAAGCUCGAGAUCCAGUCGUCCCUUCGUGCCUUCCCGUGGUUGGACCUACUUACGCUUCCCUGGUUCGUACUUGAAGUUCGUGGCUACACUAGGGUUUAUGACCGAUGGGACGAAUAUGGUCUUUGGUACUUGAUUUUCAGUGUGCCACUUUUCCUCGUCUUUACUGAUAUGUGCAUCUACUGGGUCCACCGUAUCGAACACCACCCAAGCCUCUAUAAGCAUGUGCAUAAGCCCCAUCACAAGUGGAUUGUACCGACUCCUUUCGCAUCCCAUGCCUUCCACCCGUUGGACGGUUAUGCCCAGAGCUUGCCAUAUCACAUUUUCCCUUGUAUCUUCCCGCUUAACAAGCUCAUGUUUUUGGCUCUGUUUGGAUUUGUUAACCUAUGGAGUAUCAUGAUCCAUGACUCUGACAUGAUUAACAAUACUGGUUGGGAAUUGUAUAUCAAUGGUCCUGCUCACCAUACCUUGCAUCACUUACACUUUACAUGCAACUACGGGCAAUAUUUCACUACCUUCGACCGACUCUUUAGUAGUUUCCGUGAGCCCCAGGCCAAAGAUGAUCCUCUCUUGGAAGCGCGGAACCGGAUGAGCGCGAAGGUAAUUAAGCCGACUAAGGCAGAAUGA